AUGUCUGGUGAAUACAGCGGGUUGGGUAAAACUUCUCAAUUGAGUGUUUCCAAAGUCAAUUACAAAGAUCAUUUUGUACAAGGAGGCCCUUUUGGAUCUGAAGGUGAUGAUGCCAAUCCAGUAUGUGAUAACUGGUUAGCUAGUAAUCCAGGAAAAACUGUAUUUAUUUAUCACAUUCCAGCAAUAGUAAAAACUGCAUUACCUCUGGCGACAACUUCAACAAAUAUUCAAACAGGUUUCCGCGUCUCAGGAAUAUCUCCUCUAAAUGAAAAUAUAUUUCCUGAAAGUGAAUUCUUAGGAUCUUAUUUGACCGAUAGAGAAAAUAUUUCUUCUAUUAUCAAAGCUGAGAACGAUGAACUUUCUGUCCAGGAAAAUAUCGAUCUUUUAGAUAACGAGAAAAAUAUGGAUUUUUCAGUUAUCAAGGAAAAUAUCGAUUUUUCAGCUGCCCAGAAAAAUAUCGAUCUUUCAUCUAUCAAGGAAAAUGUCAACCUAUCUUCAAUUUUAUAA